CCCCUUCCGGCGCGGACCCGCGCGGUUCCGGUGCUCACGCCGCGCGGUUCCGGUGUUCCCGGAGCGGUCCGGGUGUUCCCGGUGUUCCCGGAGCGGUCCCGGCGGCCCCAGUGCUCCCGGUGCGGUCCGGGUGUUCCCGGGGCGGUCCCGCUGUUCCCGGCGGUCCCGGAGCGGUCCCGGCGGUCCCGGCGAUGUCGGCCGGCGUGGCCGAGCUGCUGCUGCAGCGGCUGGAGCGGGAGCCCGCGGGGCCCGGCGGGGGCCUGUGCAGCCUGGCGGCCGCGGCCGCGCUCGGCGUCGAGCACCAGGCGGUCGUGGGCGCCGUCAAGAGCCUGCAGGCGCUGGGGGAGGUGAUCGAGGCGCAGCCGCGCUCCACCCAGCGCUGGGAGCUCAGCCCCGAGGGCGCCGAGGUGCUGCGGGACGGGAGCCCCGAGGUGCGGCUGCUGCGGAGCCUCCCGCCCGGGGGGCUGCCCCCCGCCCAGGCCGCGAAGCUGCCCGGCGGCUCCGUGGGGUUCAGCAAGGCCAUGGCCAACAAGUGGCUGCACCUGGACAAGGGGGCGCCCGGCGGCCCCCGCGUGCUGCCCGCGGUGCCGGCGGUGCAGGACGCGGUGCAGGAGAGCCUGCGGCGGGUGCAGUGCGGGGAGGCCGAGCAGCUGCCCGAGCGCGAGCGCGCGGAGCUCAAGCGCAGGAAACUGCUGCUGGAAGUCACCCUCAAGUCGUACUGGAUCACCAAGGGCAGUGCGUUCAGCACGGCCGUGACGCGGCAGGAGACGGAGCUGACGCCCGACAUGAUCGCCACGGGCUCGUGGCGCGCCCGGCCGUUCAAGCCGUACAACUUCUCAGCGCUGGGGCUGCCGCCCGCCUGCGGACACCUGCACCCGCUGCUCAAGGUCCGGUCCCAGCUGCGCCAGAUCUUCCUGGAGAUGGGGUUCUCGGAGAUGCCCACCCAGAACUUCGUGGAGAGCUCGUUCUGGAACUUCGACGCGCUGUUCCAGCCGCAGCAGCACCCGGCGCGCGACCAGCACGACACCUUCUUCCUGCUGGACCCCGCCGAGGCCCCCGCGCCGCCCCCCGCCUACGCGGCCAAGGUGAAGAAGGUCCAUUCGCAGGGCGGCUACGGCUCGCAGGGGUACAAGAGCGAGUGGCGGAUGGAGGAGGCGCGGAGGAACCUGCUGAGGACGCACACGACGGCGGCGAGCGCGCGGGCGCUGUACCGGCUGGCGCGGCAGGAGAAGUUCAGCCCCGUCAAGCUGUUCUCGAUCGACCGCGUGUUCCGCAACGAGAGCCUGGACGCCACGCACCUGGCCGAGUUCCACCAGGUGGAGGGGCUGGUGGCCGAGCGGGGGCUGGGGCUGGCGCACCUGCUGGGGCUGCUGCGGCAGUUCUUCGGGAAGCUGGGGAUCACCCGCCUGCGCUUCAAACCCGCCUACAACCCCUACACCGAGCCCAGCGUGGAGAUCUUCAGCUACCAUGAGGGUCUGGGGCGCUGGGUGGAGCUGGGGAACUCGGGCGUGUUCCGCCCGGAGCUGCUGCUGCCCAUGGGGCUCCCCGAGAACGUCGCGGUCAUCGCCUGGGGGCUGUCGCUGGAGCGCCCCACCAUGAUCAAAUACGGCAUCAACAACAUCCGCGAGCUGGUCGGGCACCGCGUCAACCUGCAGACGGUCUACGACAGUCCCCUGUGCCGCAUGGACGCCUGAGCGGCCGGGACAGCCCGGGCUGGGGACUCCCCGAGAGCUGGGGACUCCCCGAGAGCUGGGGGAGACCCCGAGAGCUGGGGACUCCCCGAGAGCUGGGGACACCCCGAGAGCUGGGGACACCCCCAGAACGGCCAGGGACACCCCAAGAGCUGGGGGAGCCCCCGAACUGGGGGAGCCCAAUAAAGGCCCUUUUCCAGCCGGA